CAAUCUGGGCCCAAAUUUCCAGAUGGAUUUGACCGUCAACAGCCACGCCUCUGGAUUACUUUUGGCUGAUGUUUCCGAUAGACCUGAUACGGAAGCUGGUAGAGUACACCAACUCCUAUGCCAUAUGGAAGAUGACAGAACAGGGUGCUGUAGAUGACAAGUGGGAUGAGGUUACCGAGCCCGAAAUGAGAGCCUUCCUUGGUAUCAACAUCCUGAUGGGCAUCAGUCAGCUACCUGAAGCUGACAUGUACUGGUCUUCAGAUCCAUUUAUAGGAAACGCCGGUGUUCAGCAAGCCAUGACAUGUAACCGCUUCCAGAAGAUAACACAGUACUUCCAUGCAUCAAAUCGAGCUGCUGAACCACGACGCGGUGAACCAGGUCAUGACAAACUGUACAAGGUUGAGAAAUCAUCCGUGCAGUGUCUUAUAUCUUGUGCCAUGAGGUUUCGGUGGAUGAGGCAAUGAUUAAGUUUUCUGGUCGAUUAGCCUUCCGACAGUAUAUGCCAGCUAAACCUAUCAAGAGGGGAAUGAAAGUCUGGAUGCUUUGCGAUGCCAAGUCUGCCUACCUUUCAAAUUUUGAUGUUUAUCUGGGUCGACAAGAGAACCGCACGGAACAUGGCUUAGGAUACAACGUGGUGAUGAAGUUGACAGAACAUCUUCGAAACACAUUUCGUUGGUUUUUUUUCGACAACUACUUCACCAGUCUGCCACUACUUCAACGCCUCAUGGACUUCGGCCUUUACGCAUGCGGGACUGUAAGAGUGAACCGAGUUGGCUUCCCUAAAGAUCUGAAGAAACCAAGAGAUGUGAGAAACCGAGGAGAGUCUAAGGUUCUUCAGUACGGUGACACCAACCUUACAGCCACUGUUUGGAAGGACAAGCGAUUGGUUCAUCACCUGUCAACGCUAAGUGAUCCGAGAGACACCAGGGAUGCGCAAAGAAGAGUCGGCAGAGAAGUUCUCCGUCUUCAGCAGCCACAUACAGUGUUUGCAUACAACCAGUUCAUGGGCGGUGUGGAUCUCCAUGAUCAGUUCCGCAUGAAAUACAAUGUUGGUCGAUGUUCUAAGAAGUGGUGGAGUUAUCUUUUCUGGUUUUGCCUGAACUGCGCCAUAGUAAAUGCCUACAUCAUUUAUAAAGCUACAUCCACUCGGAUAACAAAGAAGAAACGUUACUCCCAACUGGACUUCAGGCAGGAAUUGUUCCGUGCAUUGAUCGGCGGAUACUCCAAGCGAAAGAGGUCUGUGGGCGAUGUUGACAGACCUGUACUUCUGGAAGAGAACAUCCAUGGCCAUGUUAAUAGCCGACUUCCAGGUCAAAGAACCACUUGUAAAUACCACAAACGAUACUUGAAUCAGAGGAAGGAAACUGUGUAUGGUUGUGCUAUUUGUAACGUUCAUCUGUGUAAGGAUGGUUGCCAUGCCCAUUUUCACAACCGAAACCUGCAGGCAGCAUAACUUCUAAACAUGGAAAUUAUUUAAACCUCAGAAACUGAAAAAGUGUGAUAUUUUAUGAUAUAUUAUUCGUUGCUCUUGGACUCUUAUCAUAGUGGAAAUUAUUUUGACUUUGGUAAAAAGAAAGAAAAACUGAUAAAAAAAACUUUCGUGGUAGCCAUAAAGCCACCUGACGAGUCCUUUGGCGGGGACGAAAAAGUUUCUUUUUAUACAGUACAAAAAAAAUUCAUAAUUAUAAAACAAGAAAACAAAAUAUUGUUAUCGAUAAUAUGAUACAUGUACAAAUAAAUUUGAUUUCUGCUUCAAGUGUUUUUACUUUUGUUUUUAAAAUUGAAAAGCCCUUUAUAUAUAUCUUUCUGGCUUUCCAUUUACCUUGAUACAAUACAAUAAAACAUUUAUGACAGUAAUAAUAUUUAAUUUCUAUAUCAUUACUGUUUGUGCAAAAACUUAAACUGAAAUUAAUUAUUUACAUACUAAAAAUGGCUAAAAUAUCAAAUGAAAUAGUAAAGUCUUAGGUUUAAAGCCUUCUAUCUUGGUAAAUAUUUGUCAUAAAAUUAUGACAUUUAUACCAUCAGAAAGGAAAUUUAAUUCUAAAAAUUUUUUUUAUUGGUCACUAAAUGGUUAAAAUAUGUCUUCAUGGUGUAAUAUUGAUUUAAAUAACACAGGUAUAAAUUUUGCAUAUUUUUCCAAUAACCUGUAUGGAGAUAGUGGACAGAUAAUGGUAUUGAGUGUAUUGGUUAUCAAAAAUCAAUACUGUUAUAUCUAUAUGGAUCUGAUAAGGCUAAAUAGGCUAGGUGUUUAUGGGGUAUU